AUGUCAACAACCAUGAUUACAACAUUAACUUUUCUUAUAGUCAUUUAUUCAACUGCCCUAGUAGUUUCACACAAGAUUAUGAUUCUCGAACGAGUAGUUUUAAAGACAAACGAUGUGGAGAAACAAGACCGCGCAAGGCAUGCAAAGAUGGGCAUAGUUAAUUUUACUGUUGUUGUCUAUGAUCCAGCCAAGCAAGGGUUGUAUUACACGACGAUAAAACUAGGCUCUCCCGCUAAAGAAUUUCAUUUUGAGCCUAAUUUCUAUGAUAUUGCAACUUCAUCUUCUGCUUCAACCAUCUCUUGUUACGACCCAUUAUGCAUUCCCGCCGGCGUUCAAUGUGCCAAUGAGAGUAAUCCAUGUCCGUUUGGGAUUAAAUAUGAAGACGGGAAUGUGGCGUUUGGUUACUAUGUAACCGACUUGUUGCAUUUCGAUGCAAUUAAUCCACAUUCUUUGGCGGUGGAAAACUCUUCUGCUAGAAUUCUUUUUGCGUGUAGCACAUUUCUGAAGGGCAUGUUAACUAGGGAAAACCGAGCUGUGGAUGGGAUAUUGGGACUUAGUUACGCUCAUCCAUCCACUAUUUCACAACUGGAAAAUAAAGGGAUUAUCCCAAGAAAGUUCUCACAUUGUUUUGGAAGAGAUAACCGAGGGGUGCUGAUUAUGGAUGGAAACUUUAAGGAGACAACAGGAAUUGUCUAUACUCCCCUAAUGCCAUCCUCGUAUGUAAUCCUUCCUGUCUUUCCUUUACCCAUCAAUCCAAGUGUCUAUAAUGCAUUAAGUGGUGUAAGAACCAUAAUGGACACUGGAACAGUUCUGGCAUAUCUUAUUCCAGAAACCUACGAUGCCUUGAUAAAUGCUAUAGAUGCCACAGUUACACAGCAAGAAAAUGAUGUGCGGAUUGACAUAUUGCCACAAGUUUCAUUCAACUUUGCCGGCAACGCUUCUUUGGUUUUGACGCCGCUUGACUACAUUACAGAUUUCCAUCCCAUUAUUGUGAGAUCUUGA